UAAAACUAUUCCGUUCUGUUUCUAUUCCAAAAUGGCCGACACCACUCGCUCAUUGGUCGAAUUUUUUGAGGCCGCGCCCAUUUUUCCUGCCUGUGAAGCGACGUCAGGAAUGCUCAAAAACUGCCGCGUCAAAGUGACGUUUACGCACUCAUUAUGCUAAAUUAUGCCGAACAAACCCGCCAAAUUCGUGGAAUAACCGGUGAGUGCCCCGUUCCGUUUGGAAUAGAAAAAAAUGGCGGCUUUCUUGAUUGCGUUGGCGGCGGCGGCGGCGGCGGCUCGUCAGCCCGGGCGCGGGAGGAGGGAGCCGGAGGAUGCGUUUGGCAUGCCAGACGAUCUGUUUCGGCGGCACUUUCGCCUGAAGAAAGAAACUAUGCGGUGGCUGUGCGACGAAGUGGCGGAGGAACUCGGAGGCAUGAGAAAAACGGCGCUGUCGGUGUAGCGACAAGUGUUGUGCGCGCUGCGAUUCUUCGCAACGGGCAGCCUUCAAGCCUCGGUAGGGAGCGAGGAGACGAUCGGCGUGACCCAGCCUGCGGUCAGCAAGUGUGUGCGACGCGUGGCGGAGGCAAUCGUCCACGCCGGGGCCCGCAACAAGUGGGUCCAUUUCCCGAGGACGUCGGAGGAGAAGGCGGCCGUGAAAGAAGGGUUCCUUCGACGCGGCUCCAUUCCCGGCGUCAUCGGAUGCGUGGAUGGCAGCCUUAUAGCCAUCAUCGCACCGAAGGGCGAGCAGAAGGCGGCAUUCAUGUGCCGCAAAGGCUACUACGCCCUCAACACAAUGUUCAUCUGCGACGCAGGCAUGCGGAUCCUCGCCGUCGACGCUCUGCGACCGGGGUCAGACCACGACGCCCACGUCUGGAGAACUACGUGGUUGCGUCGUCGGUUCCUGGAGGGGGCAUAUUGCCAAGGCCGGCCAACACCUCCUCGGUGACAGCGGCUACCCCUUGGAACCAUGGCUCCUGACCCCAGUCACAGGCCACCCUCCCAUGCACACUGCAGAAGGCAGGUACAACGCUACACAUGCUGCCAUGGGGUCCGUAGUGGAGCGGUGCAUUGGGCUUCUGAAGAGCCACUUCCGCUGCCUUCAGCGGUACCGCGCCUUCAACUACGAACCAGACCGCGCUGCCAACAUCGUUGCAGCAUGUGCAGUGUUGCACAACUGGGUCUAGCAUCUUUAGGGCGCUCGGGGCGGCAGAGUGAUAAAUCAUGACACCAUAGUCUAGUCGUGAUCGAAUGAGGCUUUUAUAGAGAUUCAUUAAGCACUUCCUGUCACUACCCCAUGUAGUCUGGGAUAGAAGUUUCAUUAUGUUGAUUGUUUUCACCCGCUAACAUCUUAAUGUUCUCGCUGAGCGCAAGACGCGCCUGCACGAUUUGGAACUUACUGGAAUGCUGUCGUUGAUUACAUUUGUUUUCUACGCUCUCACCG